AUGGGCUUUGGUGAAAGUGUCACCGCAUUGCUCGAGACCUACUCCAACUGCCUGGCGCUCCUGAAGGCUUUCAAGCGCCGAGCUGGCGAUGCCGACAGGAGGAGCGACCAGCAGUCGCUGCUGCGCAAGUCUCUCAAGGCCGACCGCAACAGAGUGAGCCGUGCGUACUCGUCGAGGCUGUCCGAGUCGGGAAGUCGUCUGGAAAAGGGCGAUGCCAAAGCCAAGUCGGCAUUGAGCCGAGUGCUCAAGAAGCUCCGUGCGGCGAUCGCCAACCUCAUGCGCAUCGCCAGCAAGAAUCAGAAACCCGUGCUUGACUACAACUCGUUGAUGUCCCUGUCCAAUGCGUCUCGCCACGCCUUCUCGAAGAUCCCUUGCCUCAUCUUCCACAUCCUCGAAGCACAAGCGGCAUAA